UCAUCCAGUCUAUGGAACAAGUUGUCCAGUUCUGGAGUGCUGGUUUGUCCAGGAGAAACCAGGUAGAGGUGGGGGCUUCCAUGCUGCUAUGAGCCAGGAGAAGACACUACUUUACAUCAAUACAGACCCAGACAGUGAAGAAACCAGGUCAAAGCAGGGACCAUCUACAGACCAUGAUAGAGUCUACUACGUCACUGGUCAGUACUUAUCAUUAUACACUGCUCAAAAAAAUAAAGGGAACACUUAAACAACACAAUGUAACUCCAAGUCAAUCACACUUCUGUGAAAUCAAACUGUCCACUUAGGAAGCAACACUGAUUGACAAUACAUUUCACAUGCUGUUGUGCAAAUGGAAUAGACAACAGGUGGAAAUUAUAGGCAAUUAGCAAGACACCCCCAAUAAAGGACUGGUUUUGCAGGUGGUGACCACAGACCACUUCUCAGUUCCUAUGCUUCCUGGCUGAUGUUUUGGUCACUUUUGAAUGCUGGCGGUGCUUUCACUCUAGUGGUAGCAUGAGACAGAGUCUACAACCCACACAAGUGGCUCAGGUAGUGCAGCACAUCCAGGAUGGCACAUCAAUGCGAGCUGUGGCAAGAAGGUUAGCUGUGUCUGUCAGCGUAGUGUCCAGAGCAUGGAGGCGCUACCAGGAGACAGGCCAGUACAUCAGGAGAUGUGGAGGAGGCCGUAGGAGGGCAACAACCCAGCAGCAGGACUGCUACCUCCGCCUUUGUGCAAGGAGGAGCAGGAGGAGCACUGCCAGAGCCCUGCAAAAUGACCUCCAGCAGGCCACAAAUGUGCAUGUGUCUGCUCAAACCGUCAGAAACAAACUCCAUGAGGGUGGUAUGAGGGCUCGACGUCCACAGGUGGGGGUUGUGCUUACAGCCCAACACCGUGCAGGACGUUUGGCAUUUGCCAGAGAACACCAAGAUUGGCAAAUUCGCCACUGGCGCCCUGUGCUCUUCACAGAUGAAAGCAGGUUCACACUGAGCACGUGACAGACGUGACAGAGUCUGGAGACGCCGUGGAGAACGUUCUGCUGCCUGCAACAUCCUCCAGCAUGACCGGUUUGGCGUGGGUCAGUCAUGGUGUGGGGUGGCAUUUCUAUGGGGGGGGCCGCACAACCCUCCAUGUGCUCGCCAGAGGUAGCCUGACUGCCAUUAGGUACCGAGAUGAGAUCCUCAGACCCCUUGUGAGACCAUAUGCUGGUGCGGUUGGCCCUGGGUUCCUCCUAAUGCAAGACAAUGCUAGACCUCAUGUGGCUGGAGUGUGUCAGCAGUUCCUGCAAGAGGAAGGCAUUGAUGCUAUGGACUGGCCCGCCCGUUCCCCAGACCUGAAUCCAAUUGAGCACAUCUGGGACAUCAUGUCUCGCUCCAUCCACCAACGCCACGUUGCACCACAGACUGUCCAGGAGUUGGCUGAUGCUUUAGUCCAGGUCUGGGAGGAGAUCCCUCAGGAGACCAUCCGCCACCUCAUCAGGAGCAUGCCCAGGCGUUGUAGGGAUGUCAUACAGGCACGUGGAGGCCACACACACUACUGAGCUUCAUUUUGACUUGUUUUAAGGUCAUUACAUCAAAGUUGGAUCAGCCUGUAGUGUGGUUUUCCACUUAAAUUUUGAGGGUGACUCCAAAUCCAGACCUCCAUGGGUUGAUAAAUUUGAUUUCCAUUGAUAAUUUUUGUGUGAUUUUGUUGUCAGCACAUUCAACUAUGUAAAGAAAAAAGUAUUUAAUAAGAUUAUUUCAUUCAUUCAGAUCUAGGAUGUGUUAUUUUAGUGUUCCCUUUAUUUUUUUGAGCAGUGUAUAUUAAAUAGGACAAUCUCUUUAUGACUGAUUUGAGUGACAAACCAGUGGCUGUUAAAGGUGCAGUCAGUCAAUUUGGUGUGACACCAAGCCUCUAAUUUCAAUUAUAUAAGGCUACAAGAGUGUUGCCAUUUUAGACAGAGCUUUUCAGAAAAAUACAUGUUAUUUCAUUGAAAGGAUAACUUCUAUAGACAAAUCUCCCCCUCUCUCCUCAGACCCAGCAGCCACCCUCUGCAGUUCUUCUCUGCACCCACCAGAGGGCUCAGUCCAGAAGCCACAGUGCGAGAUCAACCCCUUCAUGCCCCAGCCAUCCACCGUCCAAUGGACAGUCCCACUCACGGACUCUGCCCACAGUCCUAUCUACCUGCAAGCCGACUGGUACUCUGCUGCCUUGCAGGGCCUUGACGGACAACUGGGCCUCUCCAAUGUCAUGCGUGCUCCCACAGCAACCAAGGAACCCAAUGGUAUGACUGAAAAGGAAUGAAAUUCUUCUUGAGCAAGGGUUGUAAACAUCAGACAGAUUGUCAUAUUUAACCAUUAUAAGUGAUAAAAAUGGACUUCUAAUCAAAAUGACAUAGUGUUACCAACACCACAGUGAUAAUGACUUAUUAUUAACCAUAAUUUAAAUCAAUUUGUCAUACACCAUGAAGAAGUAUAGCAACCAGUGAUGUUUAUUACCACGUAAUGUCACAGGUAAAGUAGUAUUAAAGUGUAACGUCUCUCUCCUACCCCUCUCUCUCUCUCCCAGUGGUGCUCAGUGUGUCCAGUAGAACCUCCAUGAUCCGUUCCAGACUCGGGGAACCAGUGGUUCUAGACUGUGGGUUCUGGGUGGAGGCCUCUUCUCCUCUCUCUGGCUCUGGCUUCGCCGUGGAGUGGCGCUACCAGUUCAGGGGCGAUGGACGUCUGGUCCUGGCCUACGACGGCAAGAGUGACCGAUUUGCCGAGACCCAGGAAGAGGGAGUGGGGCUAGACUUCACGGCUCUGCACGAGACAGGAAAUGCAUCUCUGAUCCUGCAGGAAGCUCAAGUGCGCCACUCAGGAACCUACAUCUGCACGGUGUACUUGCCCUAUCUCCUGGCUCAGGUGUUAGUGGAGCUGGAGAUUGUAGGUGAGGAGAGAUGAAUAUGCUUGAUUAGUCUGCCAAUACUAAAGCAUUGCAAUGUUUGUUUUAGAUCUGUUUGGUAGAAUCUCAGCCCCUAUGUAUUUACAUGUUUAUUCACUGAAACAACUAGUGUAACACCAUAUACAGUACAUUCUUAUAAUGGUAUAUCAUGGUCAACUAAAUGGCAUUAGAUUAUAUGCCAUAAGUGUGUAUUAUCCUAUCUUAUCUAAUUCUCUCCCUCCUCUUUCUCCCUCUAUCUCUCCCAGAGCCUCCGUCCCUCUCCAUCUUCCCCUCCCCGCUCCCUCUCUCCGUGCCCGGACAGGUGGUGACGGUGCAGUGCGAGGCAUCAGGAUUCUCCCCCCUCUCCAUGGAGUUCCACUGGGAGUUAACAGGGCCAGAUGGUAGGGUCAGGCCCCUGGGUCAGGGAAGCGUGACGGGCCACAGACAGGGCCCAGACAGCACUUACAGCCAGACCAGCCGUCUGGAGUUGGACUCAGCCAAGCUGGACCUGGGCCGCGGCGGGGAGGUCACCUGUGUGGCGGUCCACCCUGGAGGCACCCGGCGGGCCAGCGUCACCCUCAAUGUCACCGGUGAGAGAAUUUAAUAGAGCUGCAUUGAGUUGAUGGAUGUUGCCCCUAUCCACUGAUUCAGAGCCAGAUAUUUCUAUCCCUGUGAAGGUAAACGUUAGGAUUAGGGUAAGGUAAUCUGAUCCUAGAUCUGUGGUUAAGGGCAGUGUCUCUAAGCCUACUAGUAUCAUUUCUGGUAUGCAAUUACAGUGAUCUGAAAAGUCAAAUAAUUUAGACUUGAUACAACACAACUGACCCUGAGUAUGUUUUAAAUUGACUCCCUAUCUCUUCACCCCAAUCAGGUGUCAGUGCUCCCUCCAUUGAGGACUCUAUGGCGAUGGUUGCCGUGGCCCUGGGGAUUUAUGGUUUGAUCAAGGUCCUCUCCUGGACAUUUAGCUCUGGUAACUACAAUCAGUUUGAACUAAGAUACACAAAAACUGCACUAAUGUAAUGUAAGAUUUUGAAGCCGUAAAGCUACUGUGUCCAUCCAAAGAAUUAAUUUGGAUCUUGUGUGUCAAUCUAAGGCUUGACCUUUUCUUGCUUUUAUAGGGCCCGAUGAUGCUAACUCACAAGAGAAGGUAAUUGCACUUUCAUAAAUGUUGUCAGACAUAUUUUGUAGUUACAUGUAACUACAAUGUAUCUGUGGAUAUUUCCCAGCUAACAUUGUCUUGCCCAGAAAUGUUUUUAUCUCAAGCUGUAUCCCCCUAGUUAAAACUCCAGCCCAUGGAUUACGAUAUAAUAUGAUGACAUUAUGUUUGAUGUAUUAGUGAAUUUUGAAUUAGGUCUUUGGAUUUCUCCCAUUGUCUGUUUUGUUAGUUUACACACAUAAGGCUCAUCCUGAUCCUCUCUCAAUUACAGGAAGUGAAGUAAAUGUGGAAACAUCUGGGAUUCCCAGGUGAGUGUGUAAUGGAACCAACAAAGAUGGAAUUUCAGGAAUAAACGUGUACCGUUUGUAGUAGGUUGUGGAAGGUGGUACAUGGAAAGAAGAUAUUGAGUUUCGGACAGCAGUUGACAAUUAAUUAUAUGACAAGGGGUCGGGCGAGAAAAAUAUUUUAAUAAAUGACUGAUUUAAAAAUUGACAAAUUAAAAUACUGUUUUACAACAGUGUGAGAAUUCAUCUCUAGAAGAACUCAAGAGACUUGUGCACAUGAGCAUGUGUACAUGUGGAUGCAGAUCAUUUUGUGUUGUGUUAUUAGUGGCUCUAUUGGGUUAAUUGAACCUGUAUUUAAAGAUUGAACCCUGUCAUUAUUUGCUUUCUAUGGAUUCUGAAGGUAAAUAUAAGACAAAAUCUUUUCAAUUGGAAUAUCAUUUAUUUUCAUAAUAAAAUGUGUUGUAUGUAUAGUAAUUCCCUGGAAGUGUGUUUAUAUCAUUUGGUUAGUUUUGGGUAAUGUUUAAUUGUAUCGUGCCUUGUA